AUGGUGAUGAAAAGAGAUAAGACGCACUCGGGUUUGCCACCUCCAUUAUAUCGUGAGUUUUUAAUUUGUUUACUUUUUGUCUACUUGGCCCACAGACCCAGAUUCUACUUCCCUUACUGUCGUGGUGCAUCAUGGAGAGGUGUGGGAAGACCAGGUAAGUCAAGAAGACUUCAAUGUGAUGAGAGGCCUUGUAAGAAGAAAAAACAAGAUCCAAGGUCGCAGAGACUUAAAAGGCAACAAAAAACAGUUAAGUGCAAGAACUAUGGUGUUUUGGGACAUAAUAGCAAAACAUGUUAUAGGAGGGCCUCCAAUGAAGAAGCUGUGAUGGGAUCACAUAAUGUUCAAGCACCUCAGGAUUAUAGGGGAGGUUCAAACAUGUCUAGGGAUGAUGGUGGAGCCUCAAGCUCAGUGAACAUCAUAAAGAAACAGAAAAAUCAUCCCACAUUGCUACCCCCAUGUUGGUUUGUUUGUCUUUAG